CUCCCAAAGCGUCAGCGAUAGUCAGCAGCACACUGUGGUGGCAGCAGAUCAGCGGGGCGGUACGCAGAGCGGGAUAAAGCAGCUACACUGUAUUUCAUCCAACAGAAAAAAACCUAGAACGGACAAAAAGGGGGGCUCAUCCCUCCAUUUCCAGACUUCCAGCUAACUUCACCCGGCCUGCUGUGUGGAUCCCUCCGGCUGUGUGUUGCUGCAGACCGGGGAGAAACCGGGGAACUUAUAAGGAACUAAAAAACCAGGGACGGUGCCCAAGCAGAUUAUCUGUGAGGUGCUUGUGUCAAUUGCGCAGACGGAAGAAAAAAGGCGACAUAGGAACUCUCCAAGUGUUGGAAACUUCCCCAGCGCAGCAUCGAUCGAGGACCUCCCGCCCACUUUACCUCCUAUCCACGAUCCUGGAAAGGGGGGAGAGAGAGAGAGAGUCCUGCAGCCGCUGCAGUGGAUGGAGCAACAAAAGGCUGGAUGUUUAAACUAGAAGAGCUGCUCUGAUAAAAAAAGAACAAACUCUGCUUUUCUCUCCUGCGUCUCUUACAGACUCCAUCACCCCCUUAAACAGGCUCAUCUGCAGCCCGCUUUUGGAUCUCAUUUUAAGGAUCCGGACAGGUUUUUACUUUGUGCCAACUCUCCACCAGAUAAAAAAAAAAGGGGGGAGAAUCGACGCAGACGUGUGCAAUUGAUGCUUUGCUAUACGGAGAGAAGCGCACCAACGAUCCUCUAGUUUUGCGCAAGUCUCGUGCAGCAGCUCAGUGAAAGGAGGUAGACUUAAUAGUUGGGGGGUCGAAGUGGGAUUUUUUCAGAAGUUACAUGCUUGGUCUUUGUCGUCACGAGUGAGCCCGAUUCAUCCAGUGUCAGGUUAUCAGAGAAGAUCCGGAUAGUUGAGGAGCCAUGGCGAUGUGUGUGGGGAUGUGGAUCCUCCUGUUAGCGCUGCACAUCCAAGCUGGCCACGGACAGAUGGUACAGAUGGACUCCAGUAAGUCCGGCUUUGUGGGUUCACAAGUUGAGCUGCGCUGCAUCUUCAGCAACAGUAACCCUCCAGUCAAGAUCUCUCAAGUCACCUGGCAGAAGCAAGUCAACGGCACCAAACAGAACGUGGCCAUCGCCAACCCGGCUCUCGGCGUGUCUGUUCUGCCGCCGUUCAAGGAGCGGGUGAGCUUCAAGCAGGCGGCGGUCCGUCAUCGCACGCCCUCGCUGGAGGACACCACCAUCAUCUUCUCCAACCUGCAGCUGUCUGAUGAAGCCGCCUACAUCUGCGAGUACACCACGUUCCCCGCAGGCAACCGGGAGAACACGGUCAACCUCACAGUGUUUGCUCGGCCCAUGACGCGUAUGACCCUGACAACCCCCACCAUCGUGGCAAGAGCUCAGAAACGCAAGAUGACCGUCGCCACAUGCGUGUCAGCCAACGGGAAGCCUCCAAGUGUGAUCAAAUGGGACACCAGGUUGAAGGGAGAAGCAACUUUCCAGGAGACCCGCAACCAGAACGGGACGGUGACUGUACGGAGCAACUACGUGGUGGUGCCGAGCCGAGAGACCCACAGACAGAAGCUCACGUGUAUCGUGACGUACCGGAGCGAGAGGAUCACAGACAGCGUGGUGCUCAACGUGCAGUUUGAACCUGAGGUGAAGAUCGAGGGCUUUGAUGGAAACUGGUACCUGAACCGCCCGAACGUCCAGCUGACCUGCAAGGCCGACGCAAACCCCCCUGUCACCAUCUACCAGUGGAAGCUCCUGAACGGCUCUCUGCCCAGUAAUGUGGAGAUCAAGAACAACACUCUGUUCUUCAAGGGGCCCGUGACCUACGACCUCGCCGGCACGUACGUGUGUGACGCCACCAACGGCAUCGGGACUCGCACUGGCGUCGUGGACGUCAACAUCACAGAAUUCCCUAACAACCCAACACCUGAUGGCGAUGAGAUCACGCAGGAGCAGCACAAUGCAGGUGCCGCCAUCGGGGGCGCAGUUGGGGGCGUCGCCCUCUUGGGCGUGGCAGCCAUACUGCUCUUCGUAUUCCUGCGCCGCCGCCAGCGCACCUUCAAAGGAGACUACAGCACCAAGAAACACGUGUUUGGGAAUGGGUACAGUAAGGCAGGCGGCCUGCCCGCACACCCUCCCAUCCCCAAGAACCUGCAGUACCCCGACGACUCGGACGACGAGAAGAAGCCCGCCCAGAUCGGCGGCCAAGGAGGGUUUGAGGCAGGAGAGCGUGAUUUUGAUGGCGAGCAAGAGGACCUGAAGAGGCCCUAUUUCACUGUGGACGAAGGCGAGAGCCGAGAUUAUGACGAGCGGACUCUGGCCUUCCAGUAUGACCCUGAACCUGAGAUAGCCGAUGAUAUGAUCUCUCAAACCGAUGGCUCUGUCAUUUCUAAGAAAGAGUGGUAUGUGUAGGGGCAUGCACCUAGCAAACCAAACAACCCUUUUGUCCCCCACCUGCAUUCCACUGCACCCUUCACCUCCAUCACGUCCCCCGCCCGCCCAUUCGUCACACUGCACCCUUCACAGUCCCACUCCUCUUUUGGUCAACCCAGUACCCCCUCCCCCAUGACUCCCCCCACAUCAGAGCCCAUCCAACUAAUCUCAAUAGAAAAUCAAGCGUCUAUUUAAAGUGCUAGCAACAUCAGCGUGUCAACAGGACAGCUUUGGUUUCAGUUCAUCAGGUGAACGGGCAGAAAAACAAACUAAGGUAUGUAAACGGACUCGCUGGCACCGACCAGCGAAGCCCAGGGAGGUGAUUGGUUGAUUAAUACUGGUGUAAUAUUCUUUUUGUGUAUUUUUUCAUGUUCUAAAUGUAUUAAAUGUGUAAAAAGAGACUGCAGGUUGAGGUGUUGCUGAGCACAUUUGUGAAAGUCCUACACUGGAUGUGCAAUUUGGUUUGUUUCCAUUGCCAUUGCCGUUUUGUUAUUUUUAUAAUGUCCUUUUGUAUGAUUUUUAAGUGACCUGACAAUUGAGAGUUUAAUGUCUGACAUGAUUACAGGUGGAGUUUUAUGUGUUUGUAAUUUUUGUGGUCAAAUGUUUCACAGAGAAAGAAAAAAAAAGGGUCAUACAGCACCUGUGUUAUUUCUCCUGGUUUUCACUGGGGUUAACGCCCAUGAAAUUAACCAUUUUUAUACAUGUACAGCAUUAAAACGGAUAUUUAAUGCGGUUUUCCAAAGAAAAGCUGUCAUUUUCUUGACCCCCCCCUGUGUUUAUAUACGUAGAGUCAGUCAACUGAGCCAUCUGGACAUGGCAGUAACAAAUAGAAAUACGUGUUUUUUUUUAUUUUUCCAAACUUUUGAUCACAUUAAGUUACUAAUAACAUCAUUGAACCAGAAUAGCAGGGGGAGAGAAGGGCUGCAAUCCUACCACAACAGUUCACCUUUUCAGUGGUGCAUCACAAUCACGUCCAAAAGUGGUUCGGUGAUUCUCGUUGUCCACAGAAACCUUUAAUACCGCUCUGAAAUGUCAUGAUUGUCACUUGACUUGAACAGGUCGACCUGUGUGCACGAGCUCUCACUCUGACCACUAUAAUGAAAUGUCUGUUUCUUGUGUUGAAUUGUCAUAAUGAUGUUUUGUUCUCACCCCUCUGUCAGAGAAAAGUGUCAGGGGAAUUUUUCCCAGUAAUGACUCUGUCUCUCCUCAUAAUUGUGUGACUCUGUGCUGAAGAUUGGUUUAAGCCCUCCCUGCUCACACCAACAGCAUUUUCUAUGAGGAGUCGUCCACGGACGCAAAGGACUCGAACAGGAGGAAACUGUGGAUUUGAUGCUUUGAUUUUACGUCUACAGAGAAAUUAUUUGAACAUGUAAAGGGAAUUAUGACGGUGGCCAUGUUGAGUAUAACACGUCACCUGCUGCUUUCAUCACGUUUUUUGGUACAUCUUGUUGUUUGUUUCUUAAAAUGAAUUUCAGUGUGUUUGGGGGAUUCAAAGGAAUGAAUGGUCGUCCUUCCCUCUAUGUUGGCAUCUGAACCAGCCAGUGGGGAUACAAUGACCCUGUCUGAAGGCAUUAUAUAUUUCUGGCUUUAUAAAUCACUGUAACACGUGCCAGUGGAUGCUAGCAUAGCAAAUUACUUGUUUCUGUCCUCAGCUUCGAGGUCCAUUACACAAUCAGCAAAACGCAUUCGCCUCGAACAAAAAAACUUGAGUGUGACGUAUCGGAUCAAACAGAAGCAAAAGGCAUAAAUCUGUGGAUAUAAACAGCAGGCUCUGAACAAUAUAAAUACUAUACCAAGCCUUAUUUUAUGCAUGUUUUUGUGUUGGAGUGGAUGUGUGCGUGUUGCUAUUUUUUCUGUAUUGAUUCCAGUGCGCCUGUCCUCAUUUGCAGCUCUAAAGACAACACUUUGUCAGUGUUGUCAGUAUUGACAGAGGUAUGAGUUUAUGGGCACACGGUGCCCAGCAACACUAUUGCAGUUAACACACAAAAAAGUAAAUAAACAUAUAAAUAUAAAUAAAUAAAGAGGAAAAAAAUAGCAUCCCUCUGAGAGCAGAUCCGUCUGCCAGCUGGAGAUGUGAAUGUUUUACAGUUCAUGCUUGUCUACUGUAUGUUUUUAGAUGAGCAUGUUAAUUAUGAGCCUCAAUUUCUAUAGCAUUUUCAACACAAAUUAACACAACGAGAUGAGAGAUAUCAUGUUUGUAUUAAAGUCUGUUGAGUUCAGUUGACUUUUUCUGUUGAUUCCAGUAUCUUUAAGUUUCAUUUUCUACAGCCUUAUUUCUGUUUUAUAUCCAAAACAGUUUGGGAACGACACUUCAGAGGGAGAGAUAACUAAUCUAUGGUAGCAGGGUUGCUACUUUUUUAAAUUGCAAAAGCAAAAUACACUUUUUUUUUUAGCUGUUAGUUUAUAUUUCACCUGCUUUGAUGUAGCGCUUCAGUUUUGCGUCACAGCAUGAUAGAGACGAACGUGUGGAAGUCGCGUUUUUAUCUUUUUAUUUGUGUUCUUGCAUUCAGUGCCUAUCAAAGUCGGGAGACAUGAGGUAGUCCGAACAGUUGCUGCUCCAUCAUCUGAGUUCUUCAUGCCGCAGAAAUAAAAAGUACUGGUUCAUGACCUGAACUGCAAACCUCUUUCAAACAGACAAGUGGUUUUCACUUGCUGAUGAUUGUAGUUAGUCUAAAGAGGAUGUUACUCCAUCCCAGCUCCAGCACAAAACCAACAGAGUCUGCGUUUGAUCUCCAAAUCAAUUGGUCUCCUAAAAGCUGCAUUCAUUACCAUAUUAAAGUUUAAUGCUGGCUUAAUGGUAAUACAGCACUUUUUUUCCCAGCUGAUACUGGAUAAGUUCAAGUCCUAAAGAGAUCGAACUCUUGCAACUUAGUCGCACAUCGCUGACUUUUCUAAGCACAACAACUGAAAUCGAGUGAAAAGAGAUUUAACUUGUAAAGUGAAAAAAAUACAACUUUGGCCCAAAGUGAAGAUUAACUCUGCCCCCCUCCCCCCUUUUUAAAGCACAAGAUUUGAGGUUUCAUUUCACUUUGUUCUGCAUCCAUUAUGAAACCACUGCCACACUUGCUUCUCAGACAUGACGGAGAGAGAAAAGCAUUUCAGUUUUGAGUGGACAUUCUGUAAACUGGUAGAUGUAAACAUUGUCUUCAUGUUGUCGGGGUGUUAUGAGUUUCUAUUUUGUAAUACUGACUGUAACUUCAUUCCAUCCUAAUCUACUUUUUCUAUUCAGUAUGUUUGACAUUCCACUGUAAAUACUGUACAUAGGGUUGAGAUUAUAGUCGGGAUUUAUUUAGGGACGACUGCAUAGGGACCCUGUUCGUGUAAAAUAUUCCUAUUUUGACUGCAAACCUAGAGACCCCAUGAUGAUAGCAGAGUGGAUGCAUAGCUUACUUCCAAAGUCCCAACUAAAAAUGUUCCUCCAGUACCUUUUUAAUCUGCCACUAGUGGCUUCACUGUCAUUCAAAGGGGUGAUGCAUACAGUUUGUGGAAUUAAUGUUAUUGAGAGAAAAACAAAAGAGAGACAUUGUCUGUAUGCAGCCAUGUGAAUGUAUAUUUCUGAGGGUGUUACAAAUAUGAAAAAAAAUCUCUUGUUCAAUUGUGAUGACCCAGUGAAGUAACUUGUAUUUGUUUUAAGCAUUAAAUGAGUUCAAUAGUCAACAAUGUUCUGUCCCAGUUCACUGAUUGGGUAGAUGUGUGUUAUCUGAUUGAAUAUGCUCCAUGACUGCAACACAUUUCUUAUCGCCGAGUAUUGAUUUUAGUAAUCGCAGCACUCUCCCAGUAGCUUGAAUCUGAGAUGUGUCCCUGUCGCCUCAUGCAGGUGCUUAUUUGGAUUUAUCCUCCAGCAUUACCAGUCUCUGUGAGCCUGUAGGACAAUGAAAAAAGGUUUGUUCUGCUCGCAGACUUUUCUUCAGUAAGAAGAAAAUAGUUAUCGACUAUUAGGACAGUAUUUAAACCCAGAUGUUGCUCUGCUCCCUGUACAAAUGUCUUUUUGGUUAAAUCUUCAGCUCAAACAGAGUUCAGGCAUCCAGCCAUUAGACUGAGCCACAGUUCUGCAUUGCAGCAUCCAAUAUUCCGCUCUAGGUUCGUUCCAGUUUUAAGAAUUAAAAGGCUACAGAGGCGGCUGCAGUGCUAAUGCAGGAUGAUUCUCUUUGGAGCAACCAUAGCUUCCUCCAUUGUUCUCGCCUGUUUUCAUGCCUGAGCAUGAGACCAAUCCCAUCACAAUGAAAGCCCAUACAAUCAAACAUGGCUUAGAAACGUCCCAUAAUUUAGAUACAGUUUAUUUUACAAGUGUGGAACACAUUUUCCACCUUUCCACCGUUUUUUCUGUCGCUUAAACAGCUUCCAACAGCGAGAAAAGGCCAUUUCAAAAAGCUUCAAGUGUAAUGCUACUGGUUGCCGGUAAUUGUUUUCUGACAGGCUAACAAAGGGCAGUUAAAAGGUUACAUACAGACCUAUAACAAGGGUCUGUUCUGGUUAUUACUGUAGCUUUUAGAGGGUUUUUCCCCUUUUUAAUUGGGAGCAAAAACUGUCAGGCAGAUGUUGGUCGUGAGUUUGGGUGCUUAAUGAAGCGACAGUGAUAUGAUGAGAGCGGCCCAGUGUAGAGCAGACAGAUCUGUCUCAGACUGUGGGACUCGAGUGCAGACAUCUGCAGCGUGCACAUUAAGAACAGCCCAGAGUUUGCAGCUGUUGCCAUCCAUUUGCUAAAAGAGCCCUUUGUAGCCCAGGGGGCUUUGAUGGCACAUAGGCUUUUAACAUGCAUGGCCAUCUCGUUUUUUUUCCCCCCUCUCCUAUCAGAGCCGCCUGUGAAAUCUACAACAUUUGCUCUAUGUGAGCUCUCUGUGGAUGAAAUAUGGCUGGAUUUGUCUUCUAUAUGUGUUCCUUAUAGGCUGUAGGAUCAGAAGGGAGUUUCCUAAGGCACACAUGUUUGUCAGUUUAUUCAACAUAGGAUGAUAUCAGGGAGUGCAGAUAAUGUAAUACUGCAAGACCAAAAUCUCAGUGAUGAAAAAUGAUCACACCUGAGGCGAAUCGGUUUAGAUAACCUAUCUAUUCCAAAUAAACAAGUCUACAUAAAAACAAAGUAGCAGUUGAUUCUCUUUACAUUCUACUUUUUCAAUCAGGUUUCAACAUCGAGUUCCUGCAAACGAUCAUUUCAGAAAAAACUUCCCCGUAGAUCGAACUCUCAGAGCUUCUGUUUGAUGAAACUUUUUGCCACUGUGAAAUGUUGAGCAGAAUUUAUCAAUCUAAAAGGCUUCAGGAAAGCAAACAGGCAGCCAAUUCCACGAGUCGUUAAACAAUAGUGAUUAAAUUGUUAAUGGACUUACUGUAUAUGCAUGAGCGAUUCAUUGGGUUGAUGCAGGGAGGAGAGGGGAGACUUGUAGCUGUGAGGCCAGUUUGUCUGCAGACACACAAACUAUAUAUAUAUAUAAAAAAAAAAAAAAGAUGGAAAUGUUUGAUUUCAUCAGAUGACAAGUGUUUAAAUUUAGGAUCGUUAUUCAGUGGACUCAGUAAGUAUUGUUGUUGUUGUUAAAAAAGCAACCUAACCUGUGUCACAGCCUGUAAAACUAGAAGGUACUGUUGUGUCAUCAUGUUUCUGCACAGCUCUUUCUAACUACCUUUCUUUGGAUUAACAGAUUGUUCAUGGCUUUUCUGCCUUUGUUUUCUACUUGUUUCAGUGUGUACACUUUGAGUCACAUGGGGUUGUCCUGUCCAUAAUAAAAACGUGUUACUGUAAAUGA